UAUAUAGACUCAAGCUGCCUGCAAGUGAAGUCGGUCCCACCGGCCAAACCAUCUGCCUUCUUUUCUGCCCUCAAAUCCGCUUCCAAUCCUUCUCUCUCAAAAACCCCUUCCUAAACCCUUCUCUUCGGCUCCUCGUCCUCCUCGUGGAAUCAUCCAUGGCAAAGAUCUCGCCUUUCUCUAUCCUUCUGAUGUUUCUACUCUUGAUAGGUCUUAUGGGCGUGGCGGAGCUCGCGGCGACCGGGGGCGGAUCGAUCCACGAGCUCCUCCGGGAGCACGGCCUUCCGGCCGGCCUCCUUCCGAAGGCGGUCGAGUCGUUCGACCUGGACCGGGACUCCGGUCUCCUUGAGGUCCGGCUCGAGCGGCCCUGCUAUGCGGUUUACGACGGGCUGGCCUACUUCGACCGGGUGGUCCGGGGGAACCUCAGCCACGGCGCGCUCCGGGGAGUGGAGGGCUUCUCCCAGGAGGAGCUCUUCCUCUGGCUCCCCGUCAAGGGGAUUCUCGUCUCCGAUCCGUCGUCCGGCAUCAUCCUUAUCGACAUCGUCCUCGCCCACAAGCAGUUGUCCCUCUCGCUCUUCGAGGAGCCGCCGGACUGCCAGCCGGCGGUGCGGCAAGUCAUUGGGGAAGGGCUUUUUGGCAGAAAGGUUGGAUUGCAAGGUCGGAGAGAGAUAUAGAAGAGAAGCACCGGAGUUUUCUUUCUUGCCUCUACCCCUCUUCUCCCUAUAACUGAAGUUAAUGGAGUGAUGUGAAAAUGGGAAUGGAAUGUCUGAUAGACUGCGUCUCUCCUUCACCUCUCCAUAGUCCAUAGUCGUCAUGUGUGGCAUGCUACAUGUGUGUCAUGGUGUCUAAUAUGCUUUGGGACUAUAUUAGACCAAUGAAGUUUUGAGAUGAAUGGUGUGGUGUGUUAAGCUUAGUUCCUUGUAUAUAUACACCUCUACAUUUACAUUUGUCAUGGUUUUGUGAUGGCUGGUGAUGGGAUAAUUUGAGUCGGUUUUGGAUGGUCUCUUAGUGCGCUGACAUUCAUUUAUGAUGCAUUUGUUAUUGUUUA